AUGGCAUCCACCGCGGCGAGCAGCCAGCCGUUCAUGGUGCAAAAAAACAAUCUACGGAUACUUUUCAUUGCAGAUAUCCGAGGAGAGCUUUCUAAGCUCAAUAUUCUGGCUUCUGAGUACAAUGCUGAUCUGAUAGUCCAUACUGGUAACUUUGGGUUUCUGGACGAGGGAAGCGUGAUGAGGAUUCAUGAGUCCUAUUUGAGACACAUCGUGGAAUUCUCGCCACUUUUAUCCGAGGAUCUCAUAAUAAAAAUCUCAAAACUGAGUAAGGUGACUGGUGAUAAUGUGGAGCAUUUCUCAUCAGACAACGAGAACCUCAAGUCGCUGCUGCGUGACCAGCAGAUAUCGGAGCUCCACAAACUGUUGUCCAGAGAACUGAAGCUCGAUGUUCCAGUCUAUACCAUUUAUGGAAUGUGCGAGGACUCUCUGGUGAUCAACAAGUUCAAGCAUGAUGUGUAUACAGUGCCCAAUUUGUUCAUUCUGGACGAUUCAACUUUCCAUACGGUGAGGGCAAAAUCCGGCGAAACGAUCCUCCUUGCUGGUCUGGGAGGCUCUCUCUCGUACCACAAGUUGUUUCACCAGGGCACACAGUUUGAUCCUAAAGAGAUCAGGGAAGACGGAAUCCUCAAGCCUGGUGUGGUUGAUGUUUCUGGUGAUCCGGGAAACCUAUGGAUAACUAUCCUGCAGUUAGGUCGACUAAUUCAGACACUGUCAGAUUAUUCAACUAGGUACCCGGAGGCCUACGAAAAGGCCAUAAAAAUUUUCAUUACUCACCAAUCGCCGACUCGUGAGCCGCUACUCGAGCAUCUUUCGAUCUUCUUCAAGAUGGACUACACUAUCUCGAAUUCGUUACAUUUCAAGUAUACCUCCUCAUACAAUGAGCUUUCCAUCAACCCCAGUUUCGAGGCUUUCAAAAUCAAGUUCAACGAAGCAAGGACCAAGCUGGCAUGUAUCUGGAAGAACAUUCAGCAGAAAUACGAGGAAUUGCUGUUCAAGUCAGAAGACCCCAAUUUACUAGCAUAUCUUGAGCUUGCCCUCGAAGUUUUCGACAAAAUUCCCGUUUCUACAAAGGGAGCUGGUGAGAUCUUACCAUUGGCAUUAGUGAGGCCUGACUAUGACUCUGAUGCGGAUAUCGGCAACGGCAAAUCAGGUGCCACUGGCCCCAAAUCAAAGGAGCUGAUCUCCAUAAUCAGGCAGCUCAACGAUCUUUACUAUAUAGCAUUCCAAAACUCGUGGCAUUUCAAUCUGUGUGAUCUUCACUACGGUACGCUGGUUCUGGGCUUGAGCAAAGGGGAGGUUGCGAUGCAGUGUCAUUCCAAGGGUUUUGACUUUGGAUACAGGUAUGCGUCUGAUGAGUUUCAUGACGAUGACGAGGGCAAAAUUCAUGCCAACCCAAAGCCAGUAAGAGGCGGUCGAGCAAGCCGAGGCGGACCACCUAGAGGAGGCCCCAGAGGCCGUGGUUCGCGCGGAGGCUACAGGGGAUCGAGGGAUUGA